GAAAUGCGUGCGCGCCGAAAGCGCGGCUAAAAGCAGAAACAGAGGGGAGCGUCCGUACCGAGCACCUGCCGAUAGGACACAUGGCUAUCUUUGGAAGCCGCGAUAGUCCGACGCUUGCUGGCGCACAGCAGGGCAGAGCAAUCGCGGUUUCGCCGCCGACGACGACGUCGAACUACGGGACAUAGCGAUCGACGAACCGAGUUCUCAAGGGCCGCCGGCGAAAUUCAGCAAGGAUGACCGGCAGCGAUGGUCGAGCGGCAUGGAAUUCUUGAUGUCCUGCAUCGCCAUGUCGGUUGGCCUCGGCAACGUGUGGCGCUUCCCGUUCACGGCGUACGAGAACGGCGGCGGCGCUUUCCUCGUCCCUUACCUCGUGGUGCUGUUCCUCGUGGGCAAGCCGUGCUACUACAUGGAGACGAUCGUCGGCCAGUUCGGCGGCCGCUCGUGCGUGAAGCUGUGGUCGUGCGCGCCGAUACUGAGGGGCGUCGGCUGGGCGCAAAUGUUCUCGAUGAUCGCCGUGGCCACCUACUACUGCUCCCUCAUGUCGCUCACCCUCAGAUAUCUGCUGGACAGCUUUCGCGCGGACCUGCCGUGGGCCAAGUGUCUCGACGAGUGGGCGGACGUGUGCGUGGACUCCACGCGCAGCCCCGGCAACGGCAGCAAUUCCACGUCGCGGAAGAGCCCGGCCGAGUUGUAUUUCACCCGCGCAGUCCUGAGGGAGAAAGCGAACAUCGACGAGGGCAUCGGCGCGCCCGACUGGCACCUGACUCUCUGCCUGCUGGCCGCGUGGCUGUGCAUACUAGCAGUACUGGCUCGUGGGCUGAGCUCCAGCGGCAAAGCAUCCUACUUCCUCGCUCUCUUCCCUUACGUCGUGAUGAUCGGCUUGCUCGUGCGCGCCAUGAGCUUGGACGGCGCGAUCAACGGCAUCCUGUUUUUCGUUCGACCCGACUGGUCGAAGCUCGCGUACGCCGAGGUUUGGUACGCGGCUGUCACGCAGUGCUUCUUCUCGCUGUGCAUAUGUUUCGGCGGACUUGUCACUUACGCGUCUUACAAUGACUUCCGACACAACAUCUAUCGUGAUGUGCUAGUGGUGACGUCGCUCGACACACUGACAAGCUUGAUGGCUGGACUGACCAUUUUUGGGAUUCUGGGCAAUUUGGCGCACGAAUUGGGCACCGACGACAUCGCCAACGUCGUUCGCGGGGGCUCGGGCUUGGCAUUCAUUUCUUACCCCGAUGCUAUUGCUAAAUUCACUUGGAUGCCACAGUUGUUUGCCGUGCUGUUCUUUCUGAUGCUCUACAUACUCGGCAUAGGAAGCGGGAUAGCCUUAGCCGGCGGUGCGCUAAUUGUGUUGAUGUGUAGCGGUUGGCUGGAUGCUUCUUGCGUUUGGAGUGGCGCAGUUACCGUUUUGGUGCUGCUACACCGUGUGGUCGAACAGGAAAUUUGGUUUUCCGGAGAUGCUGUUAGAGUCAUUGAAGCCGAGCGACGAUUGGGGACCAGCGAACGAGACGAACUUCGUAGCUUGGCGACGAUUCAAAGAGUCGCGAAAAUUGACACGCGACAAGCGCACUGCCACGAGAUUCAAACAGUAAUGAAGAGCAAUGGACUGACGAACAAAGGUUUUGUUCACGACGAAAUUUACGUCGAUCAGAAACCAGCCAAUGACGAAAAAGCGCCGAGAGAAGAAAAGGAACGCGCACAAUGGGGCAACGAUCGAGAAUUUUUGUUAUCCUGCAUCGCCAUGUCGAUUGGUUUGGGCAAUGUCUGGCGAUUCCCAUUCACGGCCUACGAGAACGGCGGUGGCGCAUUUCUCAUACCUUACAUCUUCAUCUUAACCGUGGUCGGCCGGCCGUUCUAUCUCCUCGAAAUGAUAUUAGGACAGUUUAGCAGCAAAUCGACUAUCAAGGUCUGGGAUAUGGUACCGGCUUUUCGAGGUAUUGGAUUUGCUCAAUUCUUGGUGCUCGUAGCAUUGGCAUCGUACUAUUGCUCUCUCAUGGCAUUGACUAUGUUCUACCUCGCAAUGAGUUUUCAAUCGGAAUUACCGUGGUCGAAAUGUUGGCCGGAAUGGGGAGAUAUUUGCUUCGACUCAACUAAUCGCAAUGGAUCAAAGAGCAGCAGCGGCAACGUCACGAUGAAAAGCUCGGCCGAGCUUUAUUUCUACAAAGAGGUGUUGCGCGAGAAGGCCGACAUCAACGACGGCUUAGGUUUACCCGACUGGCGAUUGACCAUAUGCUUGGCAGCCAGUUGGUUGGUGGUGUUGCUCGUGGUGGUACGCGGCGUGAAAAGUUCCGGCAAGGCAGCUUAUUUCCUGGCGAUAUUUCCGUACACGGUGAUGUUUGGUUUGCUGGUGAGGUCUGUUACGUUGGAAGGCGCCACCAACGGGAUACUCUACUUUAUCACGCCGAAUUGGCAGAAAUUGUGGGAACCCAAGGUUUGGUACAACGCCGUGUCGCAGUGUUUCUUCUCGUUGACCGUUUGUUUCGGCGCCAUCGCCAUGUUCUCCUCGCACAACAAAUUCAAUCAUAACGUUUACAGGGAUGCUCAAAUAGUGACCACGCUGGAUAUCUUCACGAGCCUCCUGGCGGGCUGCACGAUCUUCGGUAUACUCGGCAACCUGGCACACGAGCUUGGUACCAACGACAUAUCCGGUGUUGUGAGAGGCGGUACAGGCUUGGCCUUCAUCUCCUAUCCCGAUGCCAUUGCGAAGUUCAGCUGGAUGCCACAAUUCUUCGCCGUCAUCUUCUUCGUCAUGAUGUUCGUGCUUGGCAUUGGCAGUCAAACUGCGCUUGCAUCCAGUGUCAUUUCGAUCGUUCACGAUUACUUUCCAAAAUGGAAGCUCUGGUCUAUUGCUUGUGGCGUUGUGUUCCUUGAAUUCUGCGUUGGACUCAUUUACGUAACUCCGGGUGGUCAAUUCAUGGUAACGUUUGUCGACUACUACGCCACCUCCUUCAUCGCCUUUGUACCUGCUAUAUUCGAGCUUGUGGCCGUAUUUUACGCCUACGGUAGCAAGCACUUUCUCGACGACGUCGAAUUUAUGCUGAAACGACGGCUUUGCUUUUUCUGGACGUUCUGCUGGCGAUUUAUCACCCUCGCUAUCAUCACCGUUAUUUUCGUUUACAGUAUUAUCAGCGUCAAGAAGCUCACUUACAACGGAGUUGAUUACCCGGAAAUCGCUUACGUGAUCGGAUGGAUACUAUUCUCCGUCGCACUGUUACAGAUUCCAAUCUGGAUGUUGGUGGCUUUUUUGAAAAAAAGAAAGUGCCUAUUCCGCGAGGUUUUCAGGCGUAUGUUCGACCCGUCCAAACAUUGGGGUCCAAAAAAUCUGGAAACGAGAAAACAGUGGCUCGAGUUUAAAAAUGGGAGAAAUUGAUUGUAAAUUUGUACAUAAAUGUAAAAAUGUGAAUGAAU